AUGCUCCUUGGCCUGAGGAAGACUGCUCUAAACAGUCGUGAUAGCAUACCUCGACGUAGCUGGAGAAAGUACGGUUCCUAUGCUUGUCGUCACCUCUUUUGCGGGACUACCUUGCAAGCGGUGCGGUGGAGAGAAGCAAGCAGUACCCUCGGUCACGCCCAUCAUAACAUAGCGUCCCACCGGCGCACACACCAUUUCCCAAGCUAUGAUGACGGCUUUUCAUGUCCUGUUUCUGUCCGAUUUUGUCCGUUCUCGUCGUCAUCUCGCCCCCCGCCCCCCCCUCCAACCUCCUCCCCCUCUCGUCGUUCCUCUUCCGUGAAACCCGUGACUCAAAGCACAAAAGCUCCCGUUCGAGACGCCACUCCCAUCCUUACUGAUGCCCAAGCCAGCAUCGUGAAAGAAGAACAAGCGCUUUUGGAGCGCCUGCACCGAGUGUUGACGUCCAUGGAGGCAGGGCAGGAGGAUUUGGACAUUUUGAAGGAUGCGAUCUGUCAGGUGGAAGACCUCUUCAUGGUGUGUGUAGUGGGUGAGUUCAAUGCCGGAAAGAGUCGCUUCAUCAACGCCCUUCUUGGAGACAAAUACUUGAAAGAAGGUGUAACCCCUACUACUGCCAAGAUCUGCUUCGUCAAGCAUGUGGACCGGGCGGGGGCUCCCACCCGAUACGCCGAUGCUCAAGGGCAGAUGAUUGACGAGGUGGAGGAAAAACUUCUGGACGUUCCCUUGUUGCAGAAUUUGGCCCUGGUGGAUACCCCCGGAACGAACGCGGUGAUACAGCGGCAUUCUCAGGUCGGGGUGGAGGUGCUUGGGAGAGGGGAGGAGACGUGCGGGCGUCCACACAGGCACGGCACUGGCGUAGUCUGCGACCGGUCCGCCGCCUGUGCUUGGAGUGUGUCCCGCUUUUUGUCGCUAGACGCUGCACUUGAGCAUACCCCUCUUUCCGUGUCUCUCUCUCACUCCUUUCUCCUUCGUUCCCUCCCCCAGCUGACCUACCGGAUCGUGCCCCGGGCCGACGUCGUCCUCUUCCUCACCUCCAUCGCCCGGCCUUUCUCCGAGUCGGAACGGACAUUCCUCACGUCCAUCGCGCAGUGGCACAAGAAGGUAACGGGGAAGGGCGAGGAUGGAACUCCGGCAAGGAGGGAAGAAGGGAGGUGCGUGGUCUUGGUCUUGAACCAAUGCGAUUUGAGGAGUCGAGAGGACGUGGAGGAGGUGACCGAAUAUGUCCGUGCCCAUGCUCGGGCAGUCCUGGGAACGGAAGCCGACCUGAAGGUAGGCUCUGUCUUUCCUAUCUCCGCAAAGCUCGCCCUCGAGGCGAAGGUGGUCGCAAAGCCUCAUUCUCCGACGGUGGGUCCCGGGGCGUUGGCCUGGCAAGCGAGCAAUUUUGCCGCUUUGCAACAAUAUCUAGACACGCUUCUGACGGACGAGGCGAAAUUACAAAGCAAGCUCCUCAAUCCAAUAGGCGUGGCAGAACGGCUCUUGGAUGAAGCACGACAUACGCUGGACGAGAGAAGAAAACUUUUAUCAUCGGACGUCGCGACUUUGGCUUUGGUCGACGAGCAAAUGACGGCCUUUAUGCGUGACAUGGAAAGGGACGUUGAGCGGGAGAAGGGAAUGAUUGACAAAUGCCUGCGCGACAUGGUGGAUAGGGCGGAAGAAUUUUUGGCGGCCCACGUGACCCUAACCAAUUACCAGGAACUUUGGGACUCGCAGGCCUUUGCCAAGCGCUUUCAACAACAGGUGGUAGGAAAUUUAGCGACGGUCGUAGACGAGAUUGUCCUGGACAUGUCAGAAUUGGUCGCUCAGCGCGCUAGAACGCAGAGUCGUGCCGUGCUGGAUUUCUUGGGUCGGCGUCCCGGUGCGCGACAUGGCCAAAUGGUAGGCAGUGUGACAGAGACGCGCUUUGAAGGCAUUCGCGCGGAGGUGUUGAGCAAACUGACUGCGGACGUGGGUGAAGUCAUGAAUACCUAUGACAAAGACAAGGAAUUUGUAAAACUUUCCGAAGAGAUCAAAACCGGAGUGAUGGCAACGGCAGCCGUCGAGGCUGGGGCGGCCACUGUUGGCGCUUUGGUGGCCACCCACGCGCUGGACGUCACAGGAGGGCUCAUCACUGCCUCCAGUCUUGCUUUACUGGGCCUGGUAGUUCUGCCUUACCGUCGGCAGGCACAACGAGCGGAGUUUCGAAGAAGGGUAAAAGCAUUGCGCCAACAGAUGGAUGGCACCUUGGCCGUCCGCUUAGAUCGAGAAUUAGGGAAAGUGCGCGGACGGAUCUUGGACUGCAUCGGCCCAUAUUCCCGCUUUGUGUCCGUGGAGGAGAACAAGAUUCAAGAGUUGGGUAUGGAGAUGGAGGUCAUUGACAAGGAAAUUAAUAAACUUAGGACUCGCUUGGUGUGACCUGAGGUCUUGUCAUGCGAAUUAGAUUGCGCGGAACAUGGGCUUUAGGAAAGGGGCCUCGGUGGUUCGGAAUAUAAACUGGGGCAUGGAAACGAACAGGGCGGCCAACUCGCAAAUAGCCGAGAAAGUAAUCAUAGAAUCUGUAAAAA